CUCUCAUGCAAGAAAAUCAAAACUUGCCAUAGUUUUCUUUAAGCUAUUGAACAAUAAAAACCAUGGGGAAUUGCUUAGUUCUGCAAGAAAAGGUUGUGAAGGUCAUGAAACCAGAUGGGAAGAUUCUUGAAUAUAAAUCACCAAUCAGAGUUCAACAAGUCCUUUCAGAUUUUUCUGGUUUUGCAGUAUCUGCUUCAGUUCAAGCUUUGCAGCAUCUUCUACCAGAUGCAAAACUUCUUGGUGGUAAUUUGUAUUAUCUUGUUCCUCUUCCUUUGCCAUCUCCAGAAGCUAAGAAGAAAGUAAGAUUUUCAAUUCCAGAAGGAGAAGAUAAACAAGAAACUACUGGAGUAGUGAGAAUCAAGUUGGUCAUCAGUAAGCAAGAACUGCAAGAACUCCUGCAGAAAGGAGGAGUUUCAAUUGAUUAUAUUGUCUCUCAGUUUCAGGAUCAAAAGAGAGUGGACGGUGUUGAUAUAUCUGAUAAUGAUGAUAACCGUAAAGCUUGGAAGCCUGUAUUAGAAAGCAUACCCGAAAUAGACUAGCAAAUAAUUUCCCUUUAAUUUAAUAUACAAUAGAUAGUGUAUACCAGAAAGAUAUUGGAAAAUAGACAGUUUAACUUGUCCUCUAAUCACAAGUGUUUGGUUUAUCUCUUCUCUA